AAAAAAACAAGGUUUGCGGAGCGCGGCCCAUCUGAUUACUUUUGCGCGCAGAGUUAAUUCGUCGCAGGUCUUCCACCCGCGCUGGCUACGAGCAGUGCUACCGCUGGUCCUUAGUCUGAGUACCAGAGUUAAUCUUUCCAUCGCCAGGCCUGGCCUCUUCCUAUUGACCAAACCCUCGCAAGAACACUGACCACCUUCCCGGCUCUCCUCACGACAUAUAUCUAUUCCGCGUUCUGCCUUUGUUCGUUUUUCUCCCUCCCUCCCUCCCUCUCUCCAUCCCCCUCCCUCACACACACCAUGCGUCUCUCGACCAUCCUCCUCGGCGCUGCCACCGCGGCCGCCUCCGUCGCUGCAAAGACCGUCCAGUACGACUGGGUCGUCAGCACCGUCACCGCCAACCCCGACGACCUCUACGAGCGCGACGUCGUCGGCGUCAACGGCGCCUGGCCUCCCCCACCGAUCGUCGUCGAGAAAGGCGACCGUCUGAUUGUCAACAUGACAAACAAGCUCGACCAGCCGGCCUCCAUCCAUUUCCACGGCAUGUACCAGAACGGCACAAACGAGAUGGACGGCCCCGUCUUUGUCACCCAGUGCCCUGUUCCCUCGGGCUCGAACUUCAUCUACAACUUCACCGUCGACCAGGUCGGUUCGUACUGGUACCAUUCGCAUUACAAGGCGCAGUACGUCAACGGCUUCAGAGGUCCGCUUAUCGUCAAGGAUCCUGAUGAGCCUUGGGAUUACGAUGAGGAUGUUUACUUGACCUUGUCUGACUGGUACCACGACGAUGCAUUCUACCUUGUCAAGAACGAGUUCUUGACUCUUAGAAACCCCACUGGUGCCGAGCCCAUUCCUGACGCUGGUCUCAUGAACGACACCCAGAACGUCAAGUGGAAGGUGGAGCCCAACACCACCUACAAGCUGCGAAUCAUCAACAUUGGUGGUUUCGUAUCUCAGUACAUUUGGUUCGAAGGCCACGACUUUGAGAUCGUCGAGGUCGACGGAAUCUACGUCGAGAACCAGAAGGCGUCGAUGCUGUACGUGACCGUUGCGCAGCGCUACACGAUCCUGCUGACGACCAAGAACACCACCGACGAGAACUUCCCGUUCAUGAUUUCGUUUGACCUCAACAUGCUCGACAACCUGCCCGACACGCUGCAGUACAACACCACCGGCUGGCUCACCUACGACGAGGACGCAGACUUCCCGGACGCGGCGGUGAUCGACGAGUUUGACUUCUACGACGACUUCUACCUCGUCCCGCUCGAGAAGGAGGAGCCCUGGGAAGCCGAUACCACCAUCACCGCCACGGUUAUCAUGGACAACUUGGGCGACGGCGCCAACUACGCGUUCUUCAGCAACGAGACCUAUGUGGCGCCCAAGGUUCCCACCCUCAUGACCGUCAUGUCCGCGCCCGAGAACGAGUCGACGAACGCGUGGAUCUAUGGCUCGAACACGAACGCACACGUGCUCGAGUACGGCGACGUUGUCGAGAUCGUGCUCAACAACGGCGAUACCGGUACCCAUCCUUUCCAUCUCCACGGUCACGCGUUCCAGGUCAUCGAGCGGUCGAACGCGUCGGACUCGGACGACGACUUCAUCACCUACGACGCCUCGAACCCGGGCAUCAUCAACGAGUACCCGAUGCGCAGAGACACGCUCUACCUGCGUCCUAACGGCUACUUUGUCAUCCGCUUCAAGGCCAACAACCCGGGCGUCUGGUUCUUCCAUUGCCAUAUCGAGUGGCAUUUGGAGCAAGGUCUCGCAAUGACCUUGAUCGAGGCCCCCACCGAAAUCAGAGAACGGAUCACGAUCCCCGACGACCACUGGGCGGCCUGCAAGGCCGGCGGAUACUCGUACGAGGGCAACGCUGCCGCAAACACAGAAAACUACUUUGAUCUGACCGGCGAGGCCGUGCAGCCGGACCCGCUCCCGGCGGGAUUCACGGCGCGCGGAAUCGUCGCGAUGGUGUUUUCGUGCGUGUCGGCGUUCUUGGGCAUGGGCUUCAUUACCUGGUACGGUAUGUCUGAGCUCAAGACGACGGAGCAUGAGGUCGCGCAGGUGAUGGGAGAGAUCCCGCUCGAUGACGAGAGCGGUGAGUCCAAGUAGACUCUCUCUUUUUUUUUUUUGCCUCGUGUACACCAUUGUUUCUGAGCGUUUUCUUUUUUUUCUGUAAUUCAUAAUUCUUUUCUGGUUUUUUAAUGGCUAGUUUGCUACUCCGUAAAACUUGGUUCUUUUCUCUAUCUUUUUCUCUUUCUAUUUGUUAAUGACGAUUUGUUCAUAUCCAGAGUAUAAUAUUAUUAAUCACAACCAACUAAAC